GAGAAUCUCGAAGGACGUUGCCAGGCAAACUACUUGAAGCUUCUUUCUUUACAUUGUUAUUUCAGAUUACCAAAUCUCAAUUUUGCGCCAUUUCUGUAUUUUUUCAAUCUAGAGUAUUGAGAUGCUAUCUAGAGUUCGGAAACCUUUAGCCAAACCUCGCAAGUUCAUUGCUUUCUUAGAGUUUCCUACAUGUAUUUGUGGCAUUAAUGGUGAAUUCACCGCGCAAGAGAUUACUUCUACACGCAGAAGCCGUUUCUUUGCAAACCCAUUAGCCUUUAUUGGUCCCAGUGCAUAUUAUUCUUCAUUUUCUUCAAGAAGCACUAGUGCUAGUGGGUAUGGCAGAUUUAAGCAAAUGGGUUCCAGAGUUUCUGGGAGUCAGCAAAACUCUAGCUUUGUUAUGUUUGAUGACGUUAAAGAGCUUGAGGAUGAGGACGAUGACGAUGAAGAAGAAGAAGAGGAAGGAGGGGAUUGUAAUGAUGAUGACUUUACGGUUUUGAAUUCGUUUAACAGGAAUCGUGAACAAAGAGAAGAUGUUAGAAGAGACCCUUUGGUGAGAGAGAUCUGUAGAUUAAUUGAACUGAGGUCGAGUUGGAAUCAAAAGCUUGAAGAGGAAUUGAAGCACUUACUCAGAAGCCUCAAGCCUCGGCAAGUUUGUUCUGUUUUGCGGUCUCAGACGGAUGAACAUGUUGCUUUAAAAUUCUUCAUUUGGGCUGAUCAGGAUUGGAAAUACGGGUACCGACAUGACCCGGUCGUGUACCAUACGAUGCUUGAGGUCCUUAGUAAGACUAGAUUGUGUAAGGGUGCUAGACGUGUUCUUCGGCUCAUGGGGCGCAGGGGUAUUGAGCGUCGGCCUGAAGAUUUUGGUUAUGUGAUGGUGUCUUAUAGUCGUGCAGGCAAGUUUAGGAAUGCAAUGAGGGUGUUGUCUUUGAUGCAAAAAGCCGGAGUAGAACUCAAUUUGUCGAUUUGUAACACUGCGAUUGAUGUUUUGGUGAGGGGGAAUCAACUGAAAAAGGCAUUGGGGUUCUUGGCUCGGAUGCAACUUGUUGAAAUUGCUCCUAAUGUUGUCACUUAUAACUGCUUGAUCAAGGGCUAUUGUGAUAUACAUCGCAUUGAAGAUGCCAUUAAGCUGAUCGAUGAAAUGCCACUAAAGGGAUGCCACCCAAAUGAAGUUAGCUACUGUACAGUGAUGGGUUUUCUCUGUAAGGAGAAAAGGGUUAAAGAAGUGAGGGAAUUGAUGGAGAAGAUGGUGAGGGACAGUAAAUUGAUGCCAGACCAGGUUACUUACAAUACUCUUAUUCAUAUGUUCUGCAAGCAUGGUCAUGGGGAGGAGGCUUUGGAAUUCUUAAGGGAAGCAGAGGAGAGGCAUUUUUGUGUGGAUAAGGUUGGGUAUAGUGCAAUAGUUCACUCAUUUUGUAAGGCGGGGAAGAUUGACAUAGCAAAAGAAUUAGUAAAUGAAAUGUUCAGAAAGGGUUGCAUUCCUGAUGUUGUGACUUAUACUGCUGUUCUUAAUGGGUCUUGUCUUGUAGGAAAGGUGAAUCAAGCUAAAAGGAUGCUUAAGGAGAUGUACAACAAUGGAUGCAAACCAGACACUGUAUCAUAUACAGCCUUGUUACAUGGGCUCUGUCAGUGUGGAAAGUCCUCAGAAGCGAGAGAGAUGAUGAACAUGAGUAAGGAAGAGUUGUGGACCCCAGAUGCAAUCACUUACGCUGUCGUGAUGAACGGCCUGCGUAAGGAAGGAAAAUUGUCUGAGGCCUUUGAGUUGGUAAGGGAGAUGAUUGGCAAGGGUUUUCUUCCAACCCCAGUUGAUAUUAACGGACUAAUUCAGUCUCUCUGCCGAGCGGGUAAAAUGCACGAGGCUAAAAAGUUCAUGGAGGAGUGUCUGAACAAGGGAUGUGCUGUUAAUGUGGUAAACUUUACCACUUUAAUUCAUGGAUUUUGUACGAAGGGUGACUUGGAGGCUGCCCUGUCAUUACUUGAUAAAAUGUAUCUCAGUAACAAACACCCUGAUGCAUUCACAUAUACUACAUUGAUUGAUGCAUUGGGGAAGAAAGGUAGAAUAGAAGAAGCAACUGAACUUACAAUGAAGAUGUUGAAGAAGGGUGUGGAUCCUACUCAUGUUACAUACAGGGCAGUUAUCCACCGGUAUUGUCAGAUGGGUAGGGUGGAAGAUUUGUUAAAAUUAUUAGAGAAAAUGCUUUUAAGACAGUCAUGCAGAACAGUGUAUAAUCAAGUUAUUGAAAAGCUUUGUAGUUUUGGAAAUCUUGAGGAGGCUGAUAAACUCUUGGGUAAUGUGUUGAGAACAGCUUCAAGAAUUGAUGCUAAAACAUGUCACAUACUUAUGGAGAGCUAUUUGAACAAAGGGAUUCCUUUAUCGGCAUAUAAGGUGGCCAGUCGUAUGUUCAACCAGAAUCUAAUUCCUGACUUGAAAUUAUGUGAGAAGGUGAGUAAAAGACUGAUGUUAGAAGGGAAAUCACAGGAAGCGAAUAAGCUUAUGACAUAUUUUAUCUGAGUGUCAAGAACAUUUGGGAAGCUAGUGGGAGUAUAGAUCUGACUUUUCCAUCAUGAUGUGACCAAUUAAGUCACAUAGUGAGUCAGAUAUUUCAUGCUAACAAGAAAUGUUGGACGUGUGAUCAGUUAUUGCUCUCUAAGAGGUUCAGAGAACUAACAUUUGUUGGUAGCUCAUCAGUUUGAAUGUUAAUAUUAUAGAUAUGGUCAUCCUGCCUCCUCCCAUUGAACUUACUAGUAUUUUUCUAUGUCAUUUGAAUUGUUCAAUGGAUGUUUUGACCCACUGUUAAUAUGAUUUUCUUUUUAUUUACUAAAACUUACUGACAAUUUAACUGGUUGGUCUUUUUGUGUGGUUUUCCACAUGUAGUUUUAGCUUCUAAAUGAAGAGUUUUACUUCACAUGUUUCUCUUAGUACUGUGAAUACAAAUGGGUGCUGUUAUUUCC